AUGGGAAGGAAAGUCGAGCUAAGUGGCCUGGACGGGAGAGGGGAGCGCACGGCAUGGAAGGUCAAAAUUGUGCUGGGUUGUGACAGUGUGGUGCCUGUGGUGCUCUCCAAGACACGGGCGGUGAGGGAACUUGGGGACGCUAGGGCGCGGUUGCUGGGAUCGGCCCUGGUUGAGGAAGACAAGGUGGGCCCGCUAAAGCGGCUCAGGGAGCAGAGCAAGAACUCGGAAGCGGUAGAGGCGAAGAGGGCGAGCUGGGAAGCUCGGGCGGGCAGAAAGAUCGACUGGGAAAGGGGGAGGCGCAUCAGAGACUCCCUGGUUACUCCACUGCGUGCGCGGGACGUGCUGCUCCGGGUGCAGGAUCUGAACCUCCAAGUGGGGGAGAGGGUUCCGUUCCUGCGAGGGGGAGACGCGUGUCCGCUCUGCGGGAAGAAGGAGACACUGGAGCACUACUACCUUAGGGUUUGUUUGCCCUUUUUUUCUCCCGCUUCUCCUUCUCGCUCGUCACGCUCUACCAACUUCUCCACCUACUCUAACUGCAACUUAGUUCACCUGCUACCUAUGCGCCAUCUACUUCGUAUUAAAGAAGUGAUGAUCUUGCUCUAA